UCCACCAUUAACCACAAAGAAGAAGAAGAAGACAUCACAGAGACACCGGAAGUGGAACACACGUUUCUGGGGACGUGGUACUUAAAAGCAGCUGUCAGUCACAGAGAAGUUGAUGUCCAGAGUUUCAGAGCAAUUGACAGCAUUUGGUUCACCGUGGAGGAGACGACCAAAGACACGCUGCUGCUGACUGGACACAUGCGCCUAGGAGAUAACUGCACGAAUCAGACAUGGACCUACUAUAUACAUCCUGACAGAGAUGAUCUGGAACUGGAAGGUAAGAAGGAGCGGAGGACUCUGCUCUGGAGUGGCAAAUGGGCCAACUGCGCUGAGUGCAUCAUUUUACAAGAAAUAGAACCACCCCUGCAUGAGACGGACUCAGAGGACUCCCUCAGUCGACACAUGCUGUAUUCUCGCCAGAGAGAAGUCGAUCCUGAGAUGGUGACAACCUUUUUGAAAAACGCAGCUUGUCAUAAUAUGACAAUAAGUGUCCAACCGCCUCAGAAGAAAGAGUUUUGUGCCUGAACAUCAGCAGGAAUGUUUCUCCAAAACCCUAGAAUGAGCACCAACAUCUCAUCAAACAGCACAUGUCAUCACAGAUAAAAAGGGAUUUGUUGUAUGACAAAUAAAGUGCUAUGAGGCAGA